AUGGAAAAAUGGAAGGUAGUUGCUCAGUCUUCUGGGAUAGAUAUACAUAAAAAUAUCGAUGUCGAUGAGGAAUACUUCGACGGAGGAGAGGAUGACAUGGUAGGGACGAUUUCGAUAAUUCUUACUGAGUACCUUGGAGAAUGUGAAGUUAAUCCGGAUGAGGAUUAUGAUCAGGAAGAUGAAGAGACUUUCACUUUUUUUCGCAUAGAAGAUGAGCCAGGUUUCUUCCCUCACCCUACUGAGAGACAAAUGUCUCAUUUACGUCCGCUUCAAAUUGUUGCUGUUGUGAAUGGGUUCAAAAUAAACAAGGUACUGAUAGAUGAUGGGGUAGCGAUAAGUCUUUUGCUUGAAAUGAUGCUAGGGAAAUAUUUUGCUAAGUUGGUCCCUACAAAUAUCGCUGUGAUUGAUUUUAGUGGGAAUUAUACGCCAGCGAAAGGGUUGGUCACUUUGACUGUGAAGGUGGGGUCUUCAGAGAGACACUCUGUGUUUGUGGUAGUGCCAUCGAAGGCCAGUUAUAACGCCUUACUUGGGAGAGAUUGGAUCCAUGGAGUAGGUGCUGUGCCAUCUAUAGUGCAUCAGAGCGUGCUUCUAUGGACUAAAGAAGGCAAGCCUGAAAUUGUCAAAGCAUAUUCGAGUCUAUAUGUCGAACAAAUGCAUGUCAAUUUUAGGAUAUAUAAUCGUAAAUUGAAGCCUUUAAAUGUUGAUAGAUCUCUGAAUCCUUACAAUUGUGAAGGGUGUUAUUUGACUUCGGAAGAACUUUCGGUGAAGUUGCGCUAUCCGGAUAUACCCUUCGAGCCGACGGAAAAUAAAGAUGAUUCUUCUAAUAAAGUUGAAUCAGAUAUGAUUAGUAAAUCUACUAAUUGUAGUAUGUUUGUUUCGACACCUCUAGUCGAAUGUAGUUAUGAUUUUUCUAUUACUUGUAAUGAAGUUAAUGAUGUAAGUCGGACUGCCGAUUUAAUAGCAGAGGCUCACUGUGUGAAAAAUAAAUGUAGUAAUGAAUUAAUCAAUGAUCAAGUUUCUUCAAUUUCUGAUUUCAUUAAUUUUACUUUCGAUUGUAUUUAUGAUUUGGAGCCUUUGAGAUUUGAAAAGUAUUCAGUCGAAGAUGAUCAUUAUAAAGGGUUUGAAUCUCAGGAUCCUUUAGAAGAAAUUAAUUUGGGGACUCAUGAUGAUGUUCGAAUUACAUAUGUUUGUAAAAAUCUUGUUGACCCUUUUCGAAUUGAGCUUUUUGAUUUUUUACACGAGUUUAAAGAUUGUUUCGCAUGGGAUUAUCAUGAAAUGCCUGGUCUCGAUCGUUCAUUAGUAGAACAUCGAUUAACAUUAAAACCUAAUGCUCGACCUGUGAAACAAACCCCAAGACGUUUUGCUCCUGAAAUCAAUGUGAAAAUUAAAAAGAUAGAAUGCUUGAUCAAAGCAAAAUUUAUUCGAACUGCUCGUUAUGUGGAGUGGGUAUCGAAUAUUGUUCCAGUGAUGAAGAAAAAUAGAAAAUUGAGGGUAUGUAUUGAUUUUCAAGAUUUAAAUAAUGCUACCCUAAGGGAUGAAUAUUUCAUGCCAAUUGUGGAUAUGUUAAUCGAUUCUGCAGCAGGAAAUGAAAUGCUUAGUUUCAUGGAUAGUUAUUCUGGAUAUAACCAAAUUUUUAUUGCGGAAGAUGAUGUGGCUAAAACUGCCUUCCGUUGUCCUGGAGCGUUGGGUAUGUAUGAGUGGGUGGUUAUGCCUUUUGGUUUGAAAAAUGCUGGAGCAACAUAUCAACGGGCAAUGAAUGCCAUUUUCCAUGAGUUUAUUGGAAAAUUUAUGGAGGUGUAUAUCGAUGACGUGAUGGUCAAAUUGAUUCCUGUAAGUCAACAUAUAGACCACUUAAGAAAGGCAUUUCUGACUAUGAGAAAGAAAGGAUUAAAAAUGAAUCCUUUGAAAUGUGCUUUUGGGGUAUCGGAUGGAAAUUUCUUAGGCUUUGUUGUUAUCGAUAAGAAUAAAGCAGAUGCAAUAUUAGCUUUGUCUGCACCCAAAUCGAAAAAAGAAGUACAAUCAUUUUUAGGAAAGAUUAAUUAUCUUCGAAGGUUCAUUUUGAAUCUUUCGGAUCGAACAAGGGUGUUUGCACCUUUAAUAAAAUUAAAGAAUGGUUCAAAAUUGAAAUGGACCACAGAGCAUCAGUUAGCAUUCGAUUCAAUUAAAACAUAUUUAUCUAAAGCCCCAAUUAUGGCGAAUGUUCAUCCAUUUAGACCUUUAAAAUUGUACAUUGCUGCAUCUGAAGAUACUAUAGGGUGUAUGUUGGCCCAGGACGGUGAAGACGGACAUGAGAGGGCAGUUUACUACCUUAGUCGAGUCUUAACUGAUAUCGAGAUGAGGUAUUCCCCGAUCAAAAAAUUAUGUUUGUCAUUAUAUCAUGCUUGUAUGAUGUUAAAAUGUUAUAUGGUGGCUAAAUCGGUAAAGGUGAUAGCACAGACUGAUGUUAUUAAGUAUAUGCUUAGUUUUCCUAUGCUAAGGGGGCAUUUGGGGAAAUGGAUGUUAGCAUUAACGGAAUUCGAUUUGUAG